ACAUUUAACCUCACUUUUCUAUGAUGAUAGAUCAGAGAAUUAAAACCAAAACAUGCUGUGCCCAUAUUGUCAAAAAUGACGAAUGAUAGCAAUUGAACUUUAUUUCAAAACGUAUGAUGGAUUAAAAGUGUAACCUAAAUUAUUUUCUAUUAUAGUUAUACAUUAAUCAGUUGAUAAUGAUGGAACCAAGUAUUUUAAGUCCUAAAGAGGAGGAUAAUUGUGAAGAUGUAAAAAUAACAGAUAAUGAUUUGCCUUUAUGUUUUAAUCAAGAUUCUCAUUUGGAACCUAUACAGGGAACCGAUUAUGUUACUAAAUUUUGGAGGAAUAAGGAAAGGAUGAAAACCAUGAGUGUUGCCUUAGUUUUGUGCCUGAAUUUCGGAGUUGAUCCUCCAGAUAUUGUAAAGACUACACCAACAGCUCGAAUGGAGUGCUGGAUAGAUCCUCAUAAUUCGUCACCAGCAAAGACCCUAGAGAAAGUGGGGGCAACUCUUCAGUUACAAUAUGAGAGAUGGCAACCUCGCGCUAGAUAUAAACAAUGCUUGGACCCCACAAUAGAUGAUAUGAAAAAAUUAUGUUUCUCCAUGAGAAAAGCUGCAAAGGAGGAGCGUUGUUUGUUCCAUUAUAAUGGUCAUGGUGUUCCACAACCAACAAAAAAUGGGGAGAUUUGGGUAUUCAAUAGGCAAUACACGCAAUAUAUACCACUAUCUUUAUAUGAUUUACAAUCAUGGAUGGGUUCUCCUUCAAUUUAUGUAUAUGAUUGUUCUAAUGCGGGAACAAUAGUGAAAUCAUUUCAAACAUUUGCUAAACAACACGAGAAUGAAUAUGAGCAAAUGAGAUUGAUUCCACUAGCUCGUCCGAAAUUCGGCAAUUGCAUUCAGUUAGCAGCAUGUGAUGUCGAUCAACUUUUGCCAAUGCAUCCUGAUGUACCAGCUGACCUGUUCACUUGUUGUUUGACAACACCUAUCAAAACUGCCAUACGAUGGUAUCUUCAAAAAAAUCGAAAUCUCUUAACGCCCGAAAUUUGUUUGGAUGACAUUGAUUUGAUACCCGGGGCAUUUGGUGAUCGUCGAACAAUGAGGGGUGAACUAAAUUGGAUAUUUACAGCAGUAACUGAUACAAUUGCUUGGAGUACAUUAUCAACAGAUCUAUUUCAAAAACUAUUUCGUCAAGACCUUCUAGUAGCCAGUCUAUUUCGGAACUUCUUGUUAGCAGAACGGGUGAUGAAAUCCUAUGAUUGCAGCCCUGUUAGUUCUCCUCGGCUCCCUCCAACCCAUGAGCAUCCGAUGUGGGACGCUUGGGACUAUACUUUAGAUCUUGCAUUAUCUCAGCUACAAAAUAUUUUGUAUAAUAAAAUAGAAUUUACCCAUUUACCCUUUUUUGAAGAUCAUCUUCGAGCUUUUGAAGUAUGGCUAGAUGUUGCACAAUUUAAGGAUAUCCAAACUUCACCACGAGAACUGCCUAUAGUUUUGCAAGUUCUGUUGAGUCAAAUACAUAGAUUGAAAGCUUUGGAGCUCCUUGGUAGAUUCUUAGACCUUGGACAGUGGGCAGUGAAUUCUGCCCUUUCGGUUGGUAUAUUCCCCUAUGUCCUGAAACUAUUACAGAGCAGUGCUCUGGAACUGAGACCAUCUUUGGUAUACAUCUGGUCCAAAAUAUUGGCUAUUGAUGUUAGUUGCCAGGCCGAUUUGAAAAAGGAAAAUAGUCACAGUUACUUCUUGAAAAUUCUACAAGAUAACACACUAGAGGUCGAAACAAGAACGCAAGCUGUGUUUUGCAUAGCGGCAGUUGCCUACAACUUUCCUGAAGGUCAAGAAGCAGCAAAGCAGGCCGCUGUGCCUAGCAUUUGUUUGGAAAACCUUAACGACUCAUACCCAAAGUUGAGACGAUGGUUAGCCAUCUGCCUUGGGAUGAUAUGGGAUAAUUAUGAUAAAAUGAAAUGGAUUUGUUGUCGAGAUCGAGCACACGAUAAGUUGUUCGCCCUACUUGAAGAUCCUUGUCCAGAGGUGAGAACGGCAGUUGUAUACGCUUUAGGCACUUUUAUUAACGCUACUGAGGAAAGGACUUCCCAUUCCAAAGGUACAGAUCAGUCGGUAGCUAUGAUGUUAAUAGGUCUUAUAAGUAAUGAAGCUAGUCCUAUGGUUCGAGCGGAGCUAGUCAAUGCACUCCACUAUUUUGUUCUACAUUUCGAAUCCUCAUUUAUUGGAACCGCAGCUGCAGCUAAAGACUACGGAUCGCUGCAAGAAAUCAAUACUACUCCGAAUAUGAAAAGAAUCGAGAGUAGAGAUCUCCUAAGAGUAAGUGAAAGUUCUGACAGUAUGAGAAGAGUAGUAUCAAGUUCAUCAAUUAAUAGCCUUAAUAGUUCAGGGUGUAGUGGUCAAUCAGGGGGACAGAACCCAUUGUCUACUCAAGGUUUUGGAUCUGUUUACCAUAAAGUAUGGACAGCUCUGACGGUUUUAGAGAUGGAUCCUCAUCCGCAAGUAGCAACUAUGGCAGGAAAAAUAAUAAACUACAUCAAAACUCGGGUAAAAGAAUGUAUACCCUCUAAAGAAAGGGGAGAUAGUAGAAAUUCUAGUAUUAGUCUGCCACCCAGUCCAAAUAGAGGAAACUAUCUAGCAGAAGAUAGUCCCCCAAAUUUGGGUUCUGGAUCAAGAACCUUACCAUCUGCUAGAACAAGGAAACAUUACCAUACUGCAAUCACUGAAGAAUCAGAUGCCAAAAAUAUUAGGAAAAAGAGGAGCUUAGUAACAACGGGUUAUAUUGAUUGGUCAUUGAGAUUUUUUGCCGAAAGUUCAAAACAGAGGGAGAGAUAUGAGUCGACAGAUCCAAUGCAUCAACUUUAUUACGAGAGAGACUGGCGUUUCUUGAGGAAUAGUGCUAUACGGGAGGAAGCAAUCGAGGAAAAGAAAAAAAUUGGGAGUUGCAAGCUUGAAUCACAAGUGUUUAACACGAGGACACCAGUGCCACCUUCAAUUAUAAAGUUUAACCCUUACGAACAAUCAAUAGCGGUAGCUGGGAAAAAUGGAUUUAGUAUUCUAGAUUGGGGAACAGGAGCAAAAAACACAACCUACCAGAACACUUCGACUAAAAUGCCCAAUAGCGUCAUAAGUUCCCUUGAAUGGAUGAACGCCCAUGACAUUCCCCUCAUUAUGGCCGGUGUAAACGACGGCAGUAUCAAAGUGUUCAAGCCUAUGACGGGCUCCAACAAAGAGCCGCAUCUCGUAUCCGCUUGGAAUGCUUUUUCCGAUUUGAAAUCGAACUACACAAAUCUUAUACUUACGUGGGAACAAUGGACACAAAUGGUAAUCGCAGCUUCUGACACUAAAGUUUUACGUUUUUGGGAUAUGGUGAAAGAGAUGAAAGCCUUUGACUUAUAUAUUGGUACCGAUUCACCUGUCACCUGCAUGGAUUCAACGUUCUCCAAUAUGUCCAACGAAAAUCUUUCGAAUUACACAAGUAAUAAGGAUAAUUUCUGUUCCUGUACUAAUGAAAGCUUUUCGAUCGAUAGACCCUGCAGCACAGCUUGUCAUGGAUAUGUAGUAGUAGGCUGUGAAAAUGGCUGGGUCAGGUUGUUUGACAGAAGAUGCAACCCUCUUGAUGGAAGAGUCAAGUCAUGGGAGGAAGACGGGUUUCCUGUUUUAGGGGUAAAACUACUCAGGGAUAAUAUAAUUAUAAGUGGUAGUGCCAAGGGUGAUGUUAGGUUGUACGAUAUAAGAAUGAAAAACGCUAUGGAGACUUAUCAAAUCUAUGAGGAUGGUAUGUCGUGUUUUAAUGUUCACAGUUCUGCUGGAUUAUUUGCUUGUGGUUCCGCCAACCAGCACAUAGCCAUCUACAAACUUCAGGGAUCUUUCUUGAACAGUAUCAAAUUCUAUGAAGGUUUUAUGGGACACAGAGUUGGCCCGGUCAGUUGUAUUGGUUUUCAUCCCCACAAAGUGGUCUUGGCAACUGGAACUAUAGAUUGUUCUAUCAGUGUAUAUGGAUUGCAGGAUAAGAGAUGACGGGAGUUUCAUCCCUAGUAGCCGUUCUGGGGUCUCCUAGGGAUUAGUGUUUAAUUUUAGUGAUUUUGCUUAGAGACUGAUUUUCAAACUACUGCCAAUAUCAACAGAAUUGAACAAACACGGUUGAAAAUAAUUCAGAAGUUGUUCGUUUUAUUCCUUUAACAACAUCGCCAUUUUCAAUUUUAAUUAUUCGUUGUUUUUGGGCGUAAAGAUUGGUAUAAUUUUUCUGAAUUGUUGAAACGCUAAUAAACCAAACAACUCCUAUAUUUAAAGAAAGUGCCUCAUGGAUCAAUAAUUCACUUCAAAUUAUUGUUUCUUCAUAGUGUUAUUUUUUCAUUCACUUAGAUAGCUGCUCUAGUUGAGGAGGAUAGCCAUUAACUUUUAGAAAUUUUCUGAUUAAUUUUUGCUCUAAUGUUUAGUAAUACAAUGAAAUUCUGUUGUAUAAAUAUUUUCAGAUAGUUUUGAAUACUAAGAUUUUUCAUGAAAUUCAUUAUAAUCACAAGAUAAGAAAAAAAAAAAACUUUUCUGUAAUUCAUAUACCAAAUAAUAUGAGGAAAAUAUUUCCUUAGAGUAUAUAUCUGCUAUGGGGCAAUAGUUUUGUCGUGUACUGUGGUUUAUGUGAAUUUUAAAUUUCAUGAGAAUUUGAUAAAAAUGUGAGACCAUUCGGGCUUAAAAAAUAAAUGCAAAUUAUAUUGAAAAAAUCUCAUAAUGAUUAACACAUUUGAAAUUUUUAAACAUGCACCUGCUAAUAAGUAAUUGGUUUGUUUUCCUGGUAAAUUGUCGAUAAUAAUUUUUCAAUUAUGAUUCCAUCAUAUCAAUUUAGAUGAUGAUUCUCGCAUAUUGAAUAUGCUUGAGCGGUCAAUUUUAAUUUUAUAAAGAUCAUUAUUUCACUAGAUUUUUUUGUGAGUGUGUUGUCUUUGUAGAAUGUGAAUCAAAAUGAUAUUUAACAGUUCCGAAAAUAAUUGUAUCAAAUAAAUAUUUGUUUUUUAAA